CCUGAUUGUCAGCGCCGGCGCCGGGGGCGUGCGCCGGCCCGGCCCCCGCGGGCGGCGCCUUUGUUCCACGCUCGGAGGAGGCGCGUUUAAAGGGCCAGCUGUUGGAAGGACUUGAGGGACCCCCUCCCCCAGAGCAUCCCCCGUGGUCAAGGGGAACACCGUGGUCCCCCUCGGCGGAACCCUCCUUCCUGCCUGCUUGGAGGAUCCCCAGUCUUUAAGGGAAAGUUCCCCAGGGUGCGGGGGUUUUGGAGGAUUCCAGGUUUUUGUCUUUUUUUAUUUUUUGUUUGUUUUUAUUGGUGGGUGGGGGUACGUGCGAUCAUGGCCUCUGCUAGGAGAGAAUGUCCGCCUGCUUCAGGCUGGCUGCAAUAUGGGUGGGUGGAGGAGACAUCAACGCCCGCGUGGGUUUGCGCUGUAAAGUGAAACUACCGAGGAGAGGCUCCUCUGCAGUAGCCAGAGGAGGAAGGAGGGAGCGAGCGUCAGGAUGGAGGCAUCUCAGGUGUGUUCAUUCAUCAGCAUCCCUCUGGAGGAGAGGAAGGCGGGAGGGCAGCACGGACUACCGGUCUGGCCUAGGACCCGCCAGAAUGAGAGGGUACGUUUGUGUGUGUGUCCGUGUCCGGGGACGCCGGUGCCUGCUCAUCUGCCCAUGCUCCUUCAUCCCUCAGUGACUGGCAGCUUCUUGCUAGCCAGCUCCUCACCGAGAUGAACAGAAAGCAACUCCUUUCUCCGAAUUCCCCGGGCAUCCCCGGCUCUCCUGUGGCUUCUUUCCGAGGUGGCUUCCUUGAUAAGCGCUAGCGCCAUUCGGAUAGAGGGGGAAAGAGGCUUGAAAUCAUUACGUUUUAUUCACAGGGGAAUGUGCUGUCGAAUUCUGCAUCCCAGUGCAUCCGCUGUCGUAAGAUGGCUUUGAAAUUCACCAGUGCAUGCUUUCUUCAGGCAGACAGAAUUUAUUACGCUAUUACAUUGCUACAUAAAAGCAGAAAGGAUCCCACUGAGCGUUGCUCGUUUUAUCCAGACCCUGGAUUUUCCCAGCAUGUUCUGGCUGAGCCUUUGGAUUUUUUGUUUUAAACUGAGCGCUGGGAUACCCCUCCUGUCACAGGGCCGACCUGCUGAAAUCGCCGGAAUUGAUUUCACCGUCAAUAGGAGGGAGGUUCAUUUAGAGAUAUCAUGGAGCCUGUCUGGCAUGUCAGGCCUCUGACAUCACCCCCAACCCCCCACCCCUUGCGCCCUUUUUCUCUCCUAAGUGAAGGCCAGGGAGGGCUUGUCUCCAUGCCCCCCUCCUUGGUUUGUGAGCUUCUCUAGAUUCAGUUUUGUGUUUUUGAUUGGAAAGGUGGCUGGGUUGUGAUUCAAGAGAACGGAGUGGAUUAAGAGUGGGGUGGGCAGCAGAUGGGGACAGCAGCCUCAAUGACAGAAAACAUAUGCUGGACAUUUGGGGACUCCAGAUCUCCAGCCCUUAGAGACAGGUGAGGUUGAUGGGUGUGUGUGGAGCGAGAGGUGUCUGUGUGUGUGUGUGUGUGUGUGUGUGUGUGUGUGUGUUGGCUGUGAGGGAGCGGUGGAGAGGAGGAUGCUGCCAGCAAUUUUCUGCCCCACCCUCUUGAUGCUGCCUUAAAUAGCUCCUUGCCAUCCAAGCUCUGAUGUUUCAGGCUCUUGGCCUGAGGGGAGGGGAGGGGAGGGGAGGGUUGGUCUUUGGGUACCUCUGCCCUGGGCACUGUUAGAGUGGAUGGUUAGGAAAGGGUUAGUUCUCCAGGGGUUGUAGAGAGCUCAUUUCUCUGCUGGAGGGCGCUGAGUUGAACUAGCUCGGGUGACUUCCCCGCAGGGUAUUAGCAACUGAAAAGAAAUGCUUUCUUCCCCAUAGGGCGAAGAGCUGGGAGGGGAUUGUCACCGUCCGUCCGUUUGACACUCACCUGCUGUUGGCCCUUUCCUCCCGUUACCUCCUGCUUUCUUUUAUUCUAGUUGGCGAGUUUCUGUGAACUUUUCCGAAGGUACUGGGAAUAUUGGGAGGUGAGAGCCCCAGUUACAGAAGACUUGUCCUAUCACCACCAUGAGCUCUGAAUGCGAUGUUGGUGCUUCCAAAGCUGUGGUGAAUGGUUUGGUACCAGGCAGCAAUGGGCAAGACAGAGCAACUGCAGACCCUAUACGUGCACGCUCUAUUUCUGCUGUUAAAAUAAUCCCUGUGAAGACAGUGAAAAAUUCUUCAGGCCUAGUACUCCCUCCAGACACGGAUCCUACAAAAAUCUGCACUGGGAAGGGAGCGGUGACUCUCCGGGCCUCGUCCUCCUACAGGGAGAUCCCAAGCGGUAGCCCUGUGAGCCCUCGGGAAACCCCGCAAGAGGAAAGGAAACCAGAUGAGUGGAGGCUUCCUUCCAAUGCUGAUGCCAAUGGAAACGCCCAGCCCUCUCCACUCGUUGCCAAGGGCUACCGAAGUGUGCAUCCCAACCUUCCUUCCGACAAGCCUCAGGAUGCCACUUCCUCCAGCCCAGCCCAGCCUGAGGUAAUAGUUGUCCCUCUCUACCUGGUUAACACUGACAGAGGGCACGAAGGCACUGACAGACCUCCAGCAUCUCUGGGGCCCCACGGCCCCCCGGUCCCGGCGGCCGUCCCUGCCGGCUCACCUCUGACCUUGCCGACUCUAGACGAUUUCAUUCCCCCUCAUCUGCAGAGGCGGUCUCACCACAGCCAGCCAGCCAGCACUCCUGGCUCCCUCCCCCCCGUUAGCCAGACACCGCCAUCCUUCUCACCACCGCCUCCGCUGGUCCCUCCGGUCCCCGAGGGCCUCCGCAGAAUCUCGGAGCCUGGCCUCACGGGAGCUGUUUCGAGUACCGACUCAAGUCCUCUACUAAAUGAACUUCCUUCAUCGCACGUUGGAACUGAUUCCCAGACCUUUGCACCAGUUAGCAAGCCUUCAUCUGCCUACCCCUCCACGACAAUUGUCAAUCCCACUAUUGUGCUCUUGCAACAUAAUCGAGAACAGCAGAAACGACUCAGUAGCCUUUCAGAUCCUGUCUCGGAAAGAAGAGUGGGAGAGCAGGACUCAGCACCAACUCAGGAAAAACCCACCUCCCCUGGCAGGGCUGCUGAGAAGAAGGUGAAGGAUGACAGCAGGCGGGUGGCAAAGAGCACUCAGGACCUAAGCGAUGUUUCCAUGGAUGAUGUGGGCAUCCCACUCCGGAACACCGAGAGAUCAAAAGACUGGUACAAGACCAUGUUUAAGCAGAUCCACAAACUAAACAGAGACACUCCUGAAGAAAACCCUUAUUUCCCUACGUACAAAUUCCCUGAACUUCCUGAAAUCCAGCAAAAUUCUGAAGAUGAUGAUUCAGAUCUGUACUCUCCUCGAUAUUCCUUUUCUGAAGACACAAAAUCUCCCCUUUCUGUGCCGCGCUCAAAAAGUGAGAUGAACUACAUCGAUGGUGAGAAGGUAGUUAAGAGGUCGGCCACACUUCCCCUCCCGACCCGCUCUUCCUCGCUAAAAUCAAGCCCAGAAAGAAACGACUGGGAGCCCCCAGAUAAGAAAGCGGAUACAAGAAAAUACCGUGCAGAACCCAAAAGCAUUUACGAGUAUCAGCCGGGCAAGUCCUCCGUUCUGACCAACGAAAAGAUGAGUCGGGAUAUAAGCCCAGAAGAGAUAGAUUUAAAGAAUGAACCUUGGUAUAAAUUCUUUUCGGAAUUGGAGUUUGGGAAACCGCCUCCCAAAAAGAUAUGGGAUUAUACUCCUGGAGACUGCUCUAUCCUUCCUAGAGAGGAUAGAAAGACUAAUCUAGAAAAAGAUCUCAACCUCUGCCAAACAGAGUUAGAGGCAGAUUUAGAAAAAACGGAGACGCUUAAUAAAGCACCCAGUGCAAACCUGUCACAGAGCUCAGCAGUCAGCCCCACUCCGGAAAUUUCUUCAGAGCCUCCUGGAUAUGUAUAUUCUUCCAACUUCCACGCGGUGAAGAGGGAAUCAGAUGGGGCUCCCGGGGAUCUUACCAGCUUGGAGAAUGAGAGGCAGAUUUAUAAAAGCGUCUUGGAAGGAGGAGAUAUCCCUCUCCAGGGCCUGAGUGGGCUCAAGAGGCCAUCCAGCUCGGCCUCAACUAAAGUGGAUCAUAAAGGUGGGAAUGCUCACAUGAUUUCUUCAUCUUCAGUUCAUAGCCGAGCGGUUCACACUAGCAGUGCGUUAGGCCCCGGGUGUAAGCACAAGAAACCCUUGUCCGCUGCGAAAGCCUGCAUUUCGGAAAUCCUCCCCUCCAAAUUCAAACCCAGGCUCUCUGCUCCCAGCGCUCUUUUGCAGGAUCAGAAGAGCGUCCUGUUGCCAUCGGAAAAGGCUCAGAGCUGUGAGAACCUUUGUGUCUCGGUUCCUCUGAAUGAUUCCAAAAGAGGCCUCCCCCUGCAAGUGGGGGGCAGCGCGGAGAACCUGCUCGUGCGCUCCCGGCGGGACUACGACGGCAGGUCGAGCAGCACCAUGAGCCUGCAGGAGUACAGCACCAGCGCCAGGAGGCCCUGCCCACUCUUGAGGAAGGCUGGCCCGCAGUUCACCAUGCUCUACCGAGAUAUGCACCAGAUCAACCGGGCCGGCCUCUUCCUGGGGUCCGUCUCCUCCUCCAGUGUGCGGGAUCUUGCCUCCCACUUCGAGAGGAGCAGCCUGGCAUUGGCCAGGGGCGAGCUGGGCCCCAAUCAGGAAGGCUCGGAGCACGUCCCCAAGCACACCGUCUCCUCCCGCAUCACAGCUUUCGAGCAGCUGAUUCAGCGGUCCCGGUCCAUGCCGUCGCUGGACCUGUCCGGCCGGCUGAGCAAGUCCCCCACGCCCAUGCUGGCCCGGAGCGGCCUAACCUCUGCCCGCUCGGCUGAGUCCCUCCUGGAGUCAACCAAGCUCCGGCCCAGGGAGGCGGGCGGGCUGAACCCUGGGGGCAUCUACGCCUCCCCAGCAUGUAGCCGGAUGGCGGACCCCACCUUGGGCUUCAGGGGCCUCAUGCCUUCCGAGCCGCUCUCUGCCUGCUCGGACGAGCUGGACCGCUGCUCAAACAUCUCCAGCGACAGCCGAGAGGGCAGCAGCAGCAGCGUUCACGGAGACUUCCCCAAACACCGCCUCAACAAGUGCAAGGGCACCUGCCCGGCCUCCUACACCCGCUUCACCACCAUCCGUAGGCACGAGCAGCAGCAGACCUCCCGGCGGCCCGACUGGCGCCCAGAUCCCAGGGGGGACAAGGGCACACUCCUCAGGAACAUCUACCUAAUGAGCCCCCUCCCUUUUCGGUUGAAAAAGCCCUUCCAGCAUCCCUCCAGACAGCUUUGUCCCGGGGACUUCUCGGGCCAGAAGCCAGACCCCCCCAGGGGGUCUCAGCCCCAUCAGGACGAGCCCCCCUCCGGGGGGAGGCCCUUGGUUCCCAGACGGCUGUCUUCCCGGCACACCAUGGCCAGGCUGAGCCGGAUCUCAGAGCCCCCUCUCGAGAGACCCGCGGCCCCGGAGGUCUGCCUGCCGGCCUUUAGUAAUGGGAACUCUCUGUCGUACUCAGACCACAGCCUGGACAGGAACAACAACCCCCAAAGUGAACUGGGAACGUCCCUCGGAGGUGGCCUUCUGUGUAUUUGCCCAGUCUCACCUCACCCAUCUCUCCACUCUGCUUGCUUUGUUCCCUCCUCCCGUGUGCCCUUGGUGCUCAUUUUCUGGUCCGUCCUUUGUUUUCUGUUUGUUUUGCUUGGCAAUUAAUCAUGGCUCAUAGUGGCUGCACUUCUUUAAAAACAGAUCCCCCAUGUCAUUUAGACUAACCACCAAACUCUGUUUCGAAAGAAAAAUUGGCCGUUUAGCUCAUCUGAGAAAUGUGUUCAUUUGAACUCCUGAACCCCUUGCAGUUCACACCAAUCCCAAUUCACCCUGAGGUUUUUUGAGAGGCAGCCUCUCUCGGUGGCCCUGUGUAUGUGUGUGUGAGUGUACAGUGUGUGUCCCUGUAAGAUCCUGCACGCCUCUUAAUAGGGACAAUUUUCAAAGACGGUCCUCUCUUUGCUCACCUUUUGCCUCUGAUUAGUUUUCUUUGUAUGAAACUAGUUCACAGGUAAAUCCAAAAAUCGGGAGGGGGAGGGCAUUUGGUUUUUUUUCCUUCUGAAUUUGAAUACUGACCACCAAACAACGACGGUACAAACUUGAUAUUUGUCAUGGAUGAAAGGUGAAAUCUUUUCCCAAUCUGGUUUCCCACUAAAUCUUUGCCUGUUUUAACUUUACUUUAUUGUUUUGAAGAUUCAGAAUCACCAAGGCAUUUUAUACCAGCUGAUUACUUGGAAUCCACAGAAGAAUUUAUUCGAAGACGUCAUGAUGAUAAAGAGGUAAUCGCCCCCUUUGAAAUCUCUUAGCUCUUGUGCAGAUAAAAAUAUGAAGGAAGUAGACAUUCAGGGAGGUGGCAUGGCCUAGCAGUUAGAGGCAAACAUUGGGAUUUUCACAGGUGACUUUUUAUAUGACAUGAGCUCAGUCACUCCUCUUUUAGUCCACUUUUCCAAAGAGUAGGACUGAUUUUCCCCAAGGUGCUAAGUUCCAAAUGCCAAAUCUGCCCGGGAGGUUCAGAAAGAGGUUGCCCACCACUGCAUUCAGUGCCUUUUAAGGGGAACCUAGAGUCCUUCCCCCUAACCCCCGCCUUAUUACUCUCCAGGGAAAUCUAUCCUCUAUUGGCACAAAGCACAGUUCAUAUUGAGAAAUAUGCAGUAGGAGAAAGAGGAAACUGAAAAAGAGUAAUGCCCAUGAUACAUUUUAUAAAAACAGUUUGAAGAAGUUGCCUUUAAAUCAGAAGAAGAGAGAUACCCCAAUAAACGUUGAUAACCCCUCUCCCCCAGAACUUCAGGAUAUAGACCUUGUCCUGCAGCUACUGAAAUGUGUGUACUGCAGUGAUCUGACUGACGGGGCCGGGAAAGGAACGCGUUCUCUUGGGAUUUAGGAAGAGGUAGUUCGGCACAUCAGCUAGAUGGGCAAAAUCACACGCUGCUGUUGUGAUGAAGUGUUAUGACGAGGCGUGUUUUCUAGACUUUGCAUUCCCGGAAGAAAGGGUCCUAUAGCUUAAACAAGCUCUGAUGAGUGUUUUCUUGCAAUGAAGAGAUGGAAGAAUUGCUUUGAACCUGGUGGCAGCAAGGGAAGGUGUUCGUGUGUAUGCAACUCUGUCCCUUUCCCCGUAAAGUCUGAAGCCCUUUUUCUGUGUUUUGCUGUUUUGUUGAGUUGGUUUCAGAGCUUACGGGGAUUUUCCUUAAGGAUUUAGGGUAAGGCUGACAUUGAAGAGAGCUGGAGGGUAACAAUCAUUGCUGCCAGCUAGAGAGACAAAGGACAAAUAAAACCACAGCUCUGCCCUUCUCUGGGCACAAUACAGACAGUGCUCAGUAAGACAUUUGCGCCUGUCUGUGAAAAGAAACAGGAGGAAGCAUUUGAUGGACAGAAUUAUUUGUGAUAGCAUGGUGAAAAACUCACAGUGGACGUCCAUCUGGCCACAGAACAGACUCCUUUUUGUCACUGUCACUGAGAUACAAGAUUCUACCUAUCGAAGCCUGGCCUGCUAUGAUGAGGGAAGUUGACAUUCCAUUUCAGGAUGAUAAACCCUAGCAUCCAACAUGGCAGGUUUUGUGAUAGAAUUCUUGCCUACCACAUGGGAAGCAGAUUUUACUUUGCUGGUUUAGCAGUUCAGAGGGUGAGCAGCUUGUUUCCUGAAUAACGCUGGCUCACAGAUCCUUGGGUCUUUAUCCCUGUUUUUUGGCUUAUGUGUUUAAACUAUGGGAAUGAUGGGUUUGCUGAGGUCAGAUUCACACACUGGGUAGGGAGCUCUGCUCCAUUUGCAUCUGUCCAUUCCCAUUGCUACAGAAACAACUCACAUGUCCCAGCUCAGGGAAUGCCAGUCCUGGCAUUUUUCCAUGCAAGUGGCUUAUUAUUAACAUUGAUGAUAAUGGCAUUUCAGAAAACAAGAGCCUGUCAGUCCUGGAAGGGACAUUAGUGGUCAUCUGGGCAAUUCCCUUGUUUUAUCCAGGAAAGGACUGCCACAGGACAGUGGCCUGCCUCGGGCCACAUAGCCAGUUACCUUGUACCAGAGGCAGAGCUGGAAAGCAGGGCUCUACCGUGCUUCACAAAGCACUUUCUCACGUCUUUUCUCGUUCAAUCUUUACCACAACUUAACCAGAGCACUGGAAAUCCCACAGCCAUUUGACGAGUUAUUGCUUUAUUACUGUAGACCCUGGAGAAGAAUAGAAAAGUGGGCCCACCAUCCUUUGGGGCUAGGUGUCACUUAAGGCAUUUAAUUACCUGCUGGGAGAAGACUAAUGCUUUAUUGAGAAUGCUCAGAAUGAUCAGUUCUAAUCAAUGCUUUCCUGCAAAGAAUAUUAAUCCCAGGAAGGUAUGAUUGGUAUGGAGUAAGAAAACACAUUAAAAUUCUCUUCCAUAGGGUCCUUUCGGUAGGCAAUGAGGACAUUUAGUUAAAUGGAACGUUGUUUAAUUAUUUUAAAAGUAGAAAUAGAUGACUAUUUCCUUAAUUUAGGAGAGAAUAUUUCUUCUAAACCCAGGUACCAUUAUUCUUAGUUUAUCUCCUUCAUUUAUAGUCUACCUCAUUCCCUUAAAGUCAGUUUCAUUUCACCUAAGGAAGAAAUAGUUAAGGUGGAAGUACAAGGUAAGUGAUGCUUUCUGUCAGUCACAUAAAUAGCCUUUGGUGCAUGUGCUGAGGCCUCCUAACAAUUGUACUCGGAGGAAGGGUUGGCUGGCCUAGGAGAAGGGGUGCCACGUUUUCUGAAAUGGGUAUCUCUACUUUCUUGAGCAUAAAGUAGCAGGAAUAGGAAGCACAAAGAUGACCUGCUUGCCACAGAACCACACAAUAAAAGCCCACAGCAGUUUUAAUAGCCUGAUUUGAGGAGGAGGAAUCAGCCAGCCCUGGUCCCACUAUGGGAACUCAUCACUGCCUGAGUGAGGGAAGGAUAGCACUUGCAGCCUCCCACCAUGCUCCAUGCUCGUGAAUGCUCCGGACGGACCCCCUGGAUGCCCUGGCCCUGGCUGCCUUGUGCCAGGAGGCAGGAGGCUUUGGGCUGAGCUGGGAGAUAGUCUGCAGACAGCGUAACCGUAUGGGACCCAGCGUUCCCUGCAUCCCAGUGCUCCCCCGGUUUCUCCCCGCAGCGCUGUCUCCUCCCUACACAGAGCGCACGUGGGUGGGUACAGCGGGAACCUUGCAGUUGCGGCCAUAAAGCCCCCCCAACAUGUUUCCUCCCUAUUGACCCAGCACCUUUUUCCUUAGUUGUUUUUGUUGGCAGUUUUCCAAUACCCUGGACCAGAUGAUUCACAGCCCAUUUUAUG